AUGUAUUCAGUUGUUGAAUUUGUGUGCGAUGACUCAUUGGCCGUUGUUGCAAACUCGUGGUUGCUUGGGGAUAACUUAGUUGCCUGGCCAAAGGACCGGGAAAUCCAGCGUCUGUUGGAGGCCAAUCGACGGCCCACCAAUGGCGCAAAACUGUAUAAAGUUGAGGUCCUCAAGGACGGCCUCGAUCUUGAUAAGGCGCACCGGUUAGCCCAAAAGGCCGAACAUACGGACCACCUUUCAUCGUCAGAGCCGGAAACUUUAGGAAGAGGCAUGCGGACAAAGUACGUUGCCAAAACAUUACUUAUUUUUUCAUAGAUAUCCCCGAAGACUGACUUGCGAUUCGGAAGACGACGACGAACUACAGGAGAUACGCAAGCACACAGACCGACGGUUAGGCCCGUGGGCCGUACCUUCGGCUGUACUCCGGUAGGUCUCAUUGGCUUAAACGAACUUCAGGCCCACAAACGAUAAUGUGCCGGGUGCCUCCUAUUCUCCAUGAAGACAAGGAGGAAAAACUAGUUAUCAGUAAUCGUGCCUUAUCACAUUGUCGCUUUAGGUUGCCAGACGGGGAGAACUUAGCGCCUCAAAUACAACACUUGCUGCAAGAAAUCAAACAAGAGUUGGCAUGUCAAAGGUAAACCCAUUAAAACCCUUUAACAUUAUAUAGGAAAAAGUUGGACUUCCUUUCAGAGGAAAUGCUCUGGGCGAAGACCACUAUACAAGACAUCAAAGCCAUGCAAGCCGACAAUUGACGAGCGUUGCAAGCAGUGAGCUUUGUUUCGAAAGAGAAGCCGCCCCUUCUCCAGCUGCCUCUGCGACUGCGGAAGCGUACAAAGACUUCCUUACAAAAAUCGGAUCGGACAGUGAGAUAGCGCAGGAAACGGUAUGUAAACAAGCUUAGACACUCUAUACUGCUUAUAGGUAAAGCAUUUGUCCACCGUUGGGGGACGGACUUCCGUCAACAUAACAAUGCCGUUUAAUUGA